AUGUGGAUUUUCAGGAGAAGGUUUCCUAAAAUUCCCAGAGCCCUCGUUUGGCUCAUUGUUCUAACAAACUUUUGCAUCUUUGUUGCUCAUUUCAGCUCCUUGUUUGACUUGUCAAAGGCAAGGAUUUUCAGGCAAUUGAGCAUUUUCCAACCUGCCCCAGAUAUGGUACAAGUGGACACCCAAGAGCAACAGCGUUUAAACUAUUCUGGUAAUGGGAAUUCAAGGAGCUUUUUAAAGGUGACUUUGGGGAGAGACAUCACAAGGCUUGAACAAGAUGUGGUUGAGAGGACACCAAGAUGGGAAGGAAAGGAAGAGCAGAACAAAAUGAGGAAACCAGUUGCUAGGGUGGAGGAAGCCAAGGAGAACAUGAAUGUGAAACCAUCCCCUGGGUUGGAGGGAAUCAAGAAGACAACAGUGAAAACAGCCCCUCGGGUGCAGGGAAACAAGGAGAAAACAACAGCAAGACCAGCCCCGGGGGUGGAAGAAGCCAAGGAAAAGACAAUAGUGAAACCACUUCCCAGGGUGGGGGGAGCCAAGGAGAAGGCAACAGUGAAACCAUCCUCUGGGGUGAAGGAAGCUCAUGAGAACAGCAUAUCCAAAGACCAAGCAAAACCAAAAGAGCCUCCUGCAUCAGUGACAACGGUAAGACCUAUUCCUCAGGCUGCUGCAGUGACAGAAAAGAAGAAACUGAGGGCUGCUGACUUCAAGUCUGAGCCACAGUGGGAUUUUGAGGACCAGUACCUGCUGGACAACUCAUCUCCACCAUCGACCUGCUCUGAAUCAGUGAGGGCCAAAGCUGCCAAGUCUGACUGGCUGCGAGAUCUUUUCCUGCCCAACAUCAUGCUCUUCACAGACAAGAGAUACUUCAAUGACAGUGAGUGGGACCGCCUGGAGCAUUUUGCACCUCCGUUUGGCUUCAUGGAGCUGAAUUAUUCACUGGUGGCGGAGGUCAUGUCCCUGCUGCCCCCAAAUCCCCACCAGCAGCUGCUCCUGGCCAACAGCAACAGCAGCAUGCCGAAAUGCAUCAGCUGCGCUGUCGUGGGGAAUGGAGGAAUAUUGAAUAACUCUGGGAUGGGCCAGGAGAUUGACUCCCAUGACUACGUCUUCCGGGUGAGCGGGGCUGUUAUCAAAGGUUACGAAAAAGAUGUGGGAACAAAAACCUCCUUUUAUGGAUUCACAGCCUACUCCCUGGUGUCCUCUCUCCAGAUCCUGGGACGCAGAGGCUUCAGCCACAUCCCACAGGGGAGACAUGUCAGAUACCUUCACUUCCUGGAGGGAGCCAGAGACUACGAGUGGCUGAAGGCUCUUCUGCUCAACAGCGACAUCAGGAAAGGAUUCUUGAACGGCUACGGGCAGAGGCCCCGGGAGAGAUUCGAUAAAGAUUUCACGAUGGACAAAUACCUGGUGAUUCACCCUGAUUUCCUCAGAUACAUGAAAAACAGGUUUUUAAAAUCUAAAAGUCUGGAAAAGCCCUACUGGCGGCUGUACAGACCCACAACGGGGGCCUUCCUGCUGCUGACUGCCCUCCAUCUCUGUGACCGGGUGAGUGCCUAUGGCUACAUCACGGAGGGUCACCAGAAGUACUCGGAUCACUACUAUGACAAGGACUGGAAACGUCUGAUUUUCUACAUUAACCACGACUUCAACCUGGAGAAGGAGGUGUGGAAAAAGCUUCACGAUGAGAAUAUCAUGAAGCUUUACCAGGGAUCCUGA